GAGCUCGACGCCAAGCCAGCACAGCCGCACGCGCUUUGGACUGUUGGCUCGCACGUUGCUGCAACAAGUUGAAGGUGUCUCUUCGACUUUGGUGCGACGAAGGGUCUAUGCGGUACUUGAGGUGAUCGCAUUGUGUGACUUUCCUGCCUUCGCGAAGGCGCU